GUAAUUGAGUUUGUUAGAAAACUUGGAGCAAGAGAGAGGUUUGAACGCCGAUGAUGAUGACGAAGAGAACAUUGGAAAGCUUGAGCAGGAAGCCAUUAGAGAGAGGAUGGUCUUAUGGGUUUCGCUGUUUCAGUUCUUCUUCUCCUUCCUCUUCACGAUUCAAGGGCACCAUCCCCACUCUGCUUCAGCCCCGAGUACUGGUGUACGACGCCGUUUCCCGCGUUUGCCACCGAGGAGUGAAAUGGGUAAUCAAAACAGACAAGCAUGAAAUGAUAAAAUUUUGUUGCGUGCAAUCUGAUACGGCUGAGCUGUAUUUGAGAGCUUGUGGUCUUGAAAGAGAGGAUGUUUUCAAUCGCAUGUUAUUUGUUGAAGGGCUGAAUUCAUACUAUCAGGGAUCCACAGCUGCAUUGCAAGUGCUGUCAUACAUGCCAAUACCUUACUCUGUUUUAAGCUCUCUCCGAGUGAUUCCAACUCCACUCAGGGAUGUUGUGUAUGAUUGCGUAGCAAAACGAAGGUAUGAAUGGUUUGGCAAGUCCCAAGAUAUUUUGAUUUUGCAAGAGAAAGAGCUGCUUGGCCGUUUUGUAGAUAGGGAAGAACUCUUGAGUAAAGCUCAUGAUGUGUAGUUUUAGUUGCUACCUUAAGGUAUCACCCACUUACAAUCUGCUUUUUUUCUUUUCUUGCUGUAUUCUACAGCCCAAGAUUUUAACUUUCAAAUGCUUUCAACAACCCAAAAUGACUUACCCCUCCUUCAAAUUAGAGAUUUUUCAGUAUAUUUGGAAUGUCAUUCUUCAGAAUUACAUUGAUAUCAAUAUGGAGUGUAGACAUGUCAUUCCUCACACUUGAGGCUUUUUAGAUAAAUUUUUUUAAAUGAUGUUGCGUUGCAAAUUGA